AUGCUUGAGUUGAAAGACAAUGAUACAACCAAAAUACUUGGACUAGUAUGGAACCCAAGAGGUGAUCAACUUCUGUUUAAGGUGUCGCCACAUGCAAAGGGACAGUUAUUCACCAAACGCACAUUACUGGCAGACUUAAAUCGUGUUUUUGAUCUAUUGGGAUUUCUGGUACCAAUUCUGAUUAGUGGAAAAAUAUUUUUCAGCAAUUAUGGCAACUACAGCUUGAUUGGGACACUGUUCUUCCAGCUGACAUGUCUCAACGCUGGCAUAAUUACACAAAUUAACUUUGUCAGGUUGACCAGCUCAAGGUAG